AUGAAUAAGACCAGUAAAAUUAUUCAACAAUCUAUUCGGACUGCACGGUGCGGCGCGACUGUAUCGAGCACGGUCUACCAUCUGCUCGUCCUCGCCGGACUGUUCGCCCUUGGAACGGCUGCGUUUUGCCCGAACGGUUGCACCUGCGACGACGACAAUCUCGUGGUGUCCUGCAUAGGGGCGAACUUGGAUGUGAUACCGAUCGCGUUGAAUCCGAGCAUCCAACGGAUAGUGCUGAAGGAGAAUCGGAUAAAGAUCGUGGAUGCAGCAGCCUUUCAAUUUUACGGGGACCUGAAGAACGUCGAUUUGUCGAGCAAUCAUCUAUUCACCAUACCGAACGGCAGCUUCGAAGCGCAAAAGCAAUUGGUCGAGCUUCAUCUGAGGCACAACAAGAUCUCUGCCCUGACCGAAAAAACGUUUCAGGGCCUCAGAUCUCUGACGGUGCUGAAUCUACGGGACAAUUAUCUGGAGAGCCUCAAGAGCGGUCUUUUCACCUCGUUGACGAAGCUGGAAGAGCUCGAUCUGGGAAAGAAUCGUAUAUCGAAGGUGGAGCCGGGCGCUUUCCAAAAAUUAGGCACACUUAGGGUGCUGCAUCUUGACGACAAUCAGCUGAGAACCAUACCCUCGCCCGCGUUGGCCCCGUUGAACUCGUUGGCCGAGCUGCACAUAGGCUGGAAUGCGUUCUCCGCCCUCCCCGACGACGCGUUCAAAGGAUUGGAACAGCUGACGGUACUCGACAUCACCGGUGCCGGUCUAGAUGACAUCAGCGACUCAGCUUUUCGAGGCUUGAACGCUCUGCGUACACUCGGUCUCGACGGGAACAAGCUGCAAGAAGUGCCCACGAAACAACUGGCGGUACUGCCUCGUCUCGAGGAGCUCACUUUGGGCCAGAACUUCUUCACGACUCUGAGGUCAGGCGCGUUCCAGGGCCUGUCCAAGUUGAAGAAACUCGAUAUAUCCGCGGCGAAGCUGCUGACCACCGUGGAACGCGGCGCGUUCUCGGACAACGCGAAUCUGGAGACCCUAGUGUUGAACAGCAACAAACGACUAACGACAAUGGAGGAUGGUUCGUUGGCCGGCUUACCGAACCUAAGGCAUCUGAUGCUCCGCGACAACGCCUUCGCCGGAUUCUCCGAGUCCCUGGUGGCCUGGAACGAGCUACGUCGGCUGGAUUUAAGCGAGAAUCCCCUGGUCUGCGACUGUGGUCUGCUCUGGUUAGCCGAGGUCCUUGUCCCACGGAACUCCAGCCCGGUAAUCUGUGCGGAACCACCGGAAUCGAAAGGAAAGCCGAUAAAGGGUAUGUCGCCGGACGAGCUUGGCUGCGCGUUCUCGGAUCCACGAAAACAGGCACUGUUGGCCACACUAUGCGCCGCUGGCCUCGCGCUGCUCACCGGCCUUGCUCUGGUCCUCUACUACAGAUGCCGUAGACGAGUGCGGGAUGCGUUGAAGGACUACAAAUGGAAGAAUCGUGCGAUCUCCCGCAAGGAGCACGAAUACCAAAAGACCUACUCGGACGACGAGUACAUCGUCCGUGCCGCUCACCCGCAUCACCAUCAUCACCAUCAUCAGCCACAGUCGCAACAAAUCGCCCCGCACCAUCACCAUCAUCAUCUGCAACAACAGCAGAUGCAACAACAACAACAACAACAGCAGCAGCAACAACAACAACAACACUCCCAGAUCUCGAGCAACAUCAAGCCGAUCCCGGUGACGGAACUGUAG